UUCUUUCAGGGCCACCCUGUAUAUAUAUCGCGUUAUAAGACAAUACACCGUCUCCGUGCCAGCAUCAGUGCUAGUUGAGCAUUUAAUAUGUCACUAUCAAGACUACUUCCAGGUUUGAAGAUAGCUCUCGUCCAAAUGCUCGUGGGCCCGGACAAGGCCAAGAAUGUCGCGGCCGCCGUGAAGGAGAUCCACAAGGCCAAGCAACGAGGCGCACAGCUGGUCGCUCUGCCGGAAUGCUUUAACUCGCCAAAGGAGAACAUGAACGCAGAGGAAGUGCCAUUCGGGGAGACGUGUCGCGCGCUGUCGGCGGCGGCGGCUGAGGCAGGCGUGUGUGUGGUGGGCGGCACGCUGCCCGAGCGGCAGGGCGGCGCCCUGUACAGCACCAGCACCGUGUGGGACCGCGACGGGACGCUGCUGGCGCGCCACAGGAAGGUACACUUGUACGACAUAGACAUUCCGAAAAAGUUAAAGCACAAAGAAUCUGAGAUGCUAUCGGCCGGAGACCAGAUCACCACCUUCGUGUUCAACGGCGUCAAGAUCGGGCUCGGCAUCUGCUUCGACAUGUGCUUUUCCGAGAUGGCAGAGCUCAUGGCUCAAGAUGGAUGUUCCCUCCUAAUUUUCCCCGGUGAUUUCAAUGUCACGGCUGGUAGGAGGUACUGGGAGCUAAUCGGCCGCAUUCGCGCGCUCGACCACCAGCUGUGGGUGGCGCUAGUGAGCCCCGCGCGUGACACCAGCGCUGACUACCAGUCCUGGGGGCACUCCAUGCUCGUGGACCCCUGGGGAAACAUCAAGGCCCAACUAGACGAGAAUGUUGGGACUAUACUGGAAGAUAUUGACCUCAAUGUCGUGGAAGAAGUGAGAAGACAAAUGCCUAUAAAGCCUCAGAGGAGGACAGACUUAUACAACACCGUCCGGAAGAUGAAGAUGUCUUCAUAAAAAUGUAAAUUUACGUUCUAUAUGCUACAUUAAAUGACAUCGUUUAUUAUUAACAUCUUAAAUUAACACAUUGAUAACUCAUUAAA